UAACUGAGUCCAGUGGUGGGGGUUUAGUCUCUUAACAUAGUGACUAAGCAAACGCUCUUCCUUAAAUCCCUCCCACAGGAAGUACAGCUUCCCCUUUACCAGAGAGAAGGGAAGAAAGAAGCUAAGAAGCUGCUCUGCCAUGCGGGCCUCUUUCCUCCUCCUCCUCCUCACCUUCCUCGUGGGCCUGUGUGAUGUUGAAGGCGACACCGAUUUUAGAGUCUGUGCCUUCAACCUCCAUCACUUUGGGGACUCCAAGUCCAAGAAGACCAAUGUCAUGCACACUCUUGUCCGGAUCAUCGCUCGCUGUGACGUGUGUUUGCUUCAGGAAGUGAGAGACAGUCAAGAGUUAGCUGUUCCACAGCUCCUCAGGCGCCUCAACAGCUAUGACCCUGAACACGACUACGCGUCAGUGUCCAGCGAGAGACUGGGCCGGACCGCCUCGUACCAGGAGCAGUACGUGUUUGUUUACAGGACCGACACAGCGACUCUCACCGGUCAGUAUCAGUACCCGGACGACCGCCCAGGAGAUGUCGACGCUUUCGCCAGAGAGCCCUUUGUUGUCCGCUUCAACGCCCCCAGGACAGACAUACGGGAGUUUGUCCUCAUACCUCAGCACACCACUCCGACCAACACCACCAAGGAGCUGGACGCACUCUACGAUGUGCUGCAACAUGUGAAGACCAUGUGGGAAACUGAGGAUGUGAUGCUCCUCGGGGACUUCAACGCUGACUGCGCCUACCUCGCUAAGAAGAACAGGAAGUACGUGCGCCUGCUCACACAGAGCGAACUCUACUGGCUCAUCCCAGAAAAGGCCGACACCACUGUGCGAUCAACCACGUCUUGCACCUACGACAGGAUUGUGGUGCACGGGGAAAGAUUUUCCCGGGCGAUUGUGCCCUUUUCAGCAAAACCCUUCAACUUCCAGCUGGAAUACCGACUCACAGAGGAACAGGCGCUGGAGGUUAGUGACCAUUACCCAGUGGAGGUCCUGCUGAAGGAUAUCGCAUACAAAGUCGUUAGUGCUGCCACAUACAAGUUCCCGUCUCUGUCCCUGUUUGUCCUCGUCCACCAUGUCUUCCAAGCGCUCAUGAGCUAGUUUAAUGAUAAACCUUUGGGGAUUUUGAUCAUCUCUGAUUCUCUGAAGGGCCACAAACUGAUGAGUAAGAAUGAUUCUCCAACUUGUGGAUUCCAACGUGCUAAACACACCGACAACCUGGAGGGGUUUGGGGUUCCAUGUUUGGUUCAGGAUCAGGACCGUCAGCAGAAAAACACACAGCAGCUGACGCUUACCUUUAUAUAACCUUCCAGUUUUGUAUCUAAGUGUGUAUUUUAAUCAGCUGCUAUCGGACAUUUCAUGGAUAUCUAACCAACCGUAUUCAGGGAGCCAGAAUUCAACAGCAAAAGUUGCGGCACUGAAAAAUGUACAUUGAUGAUUCAUUGAUGUGAUGUAAUCAUUUAUAAAAUGAUUUCUCGAGACAAUGUCAAUGUCUUAUAAAAGAAGUCAUUUUUUAAGUAGACAUUUCUAAGAAGGAAGGAAAAUCAGAAGCCAAAUCUUGACAUGUUGUGUUCACCUUCUUCUCAAUGCAGAUUGUGUUUUUAUUUUAUUUUAGUAUUCUCUGUUUGGGGCAAAGAGUUUUCUCGUGUGUGUAUACAAACGUGUACAUAUAAGACAAUUAUAGAAAACAUCAAGAUUAUAUUUAACUUCAGUAUUUGGAUUGAAUGCAUUGGGGAUCAGAAAGUCCCGUUUAGUCUUUUUAGUUGUUGUGAAUGCAAGAAAAUGUCCGGUAUGUUUUAAUUUAAAGUCAGGUCAUUUAAAGUCCAAUAAAAAAGUCUAUUCUCAUAUCAAA